CUCAAUCACCAUGCUCUCCCCAGACGUAGAGAACAGCAACAACACACCCGACGCGUCUCAACGUCCCCAAAGCCCACGCGGCACGAAAUUCGCUUUCGGAGGCCUCCCAUACAAACCUUCCAUGACAAUCGACUCCACAAUCCUCACCACCAAACCCCACUCUACCUCAUCCUCCUCCUCCUCCUCCUCACCUUCUUCCUCCGAAGAGGUCAUCUAUACCCCCAGCAUCUACACCCCACAAACCCCUCACCUCCUUCCUCCCGAAAUCUCUCCUCUAGGUUGGGACGAAGACCAUCACGAAGACCAUCCAGCACCAGAACCUUUGAGGAUUCGGAAGAAGAGAAGGGUUGGGAAGGGUUCUUUUGAUGAGAUGAUGGUGCCGAAACCUUCUGAUGAUGAGUUGGAACGGCCGUGGGGUGGGAGGAGGAGGUUUAUGUUGAGUCAUGGGUUGAAAUAUGAUGAUGAAAAGGAUUGUGAUUUGCGAAAACAGAUUUUGGAACAGAUUCGGGAGUUGGAGUGGCAGAAUCGGAUUAAUGCUGCACGAGAGGAGUUUUUUCGGGAUUUGGAGAAGGUUAGGAGGUUUGGGAGUUUGGGUUGAAUAAUGAAUUAGCAAGAAGGUGGGGAGGGGGGGGGGGGUGAGGUGAGGGGGGGAGGUGUGUGUUGUGGUUCUGAUUGUAUGUAUGUAUCUAAUUUGUAUGAUUAUGGUGAUGGCAUGGACUCAUAGGUGUGGUAUGUGUGUAACGUCAUGGGCAUUUGAGGGAACAGAAUGUAGGCAGGCACGGCUGAUCAAAAUCGAGUUCAAUGCAGGCGCGGACAUGCUCUUC